CCGCUUACGUUUGCCUGAGCCGUGUUGCCGGGGACCGGCGACCUUUCACCCCUCCCUUCCCACAGGAGCGCCCCGGCCCCCGCCCCCGCCCCCGCCCCAACCGCCGGUGCGCGUCCUCAUCGCGCACGCGCUCCCCUCGCGCGCGCACACGCCCGCGCACACACGCUCCCUCGCCCCCGCCCGCGGAGUUCCCCCUCACCCCUCAGCCGCCCCGCCAGCUGAAGCAUCGGCGCUGGGAGGCGGCGGCGCUGCUGAGAGGCAGGGACCCGAGCGCGAAGUGUGUGGGAGUCUACGAACUCAACCCCUCUCUACCCUCCCCUCACAGCCACCCCCCUCCCUCCCCGCCAGCCCCCCCCAACAAGCGGGAGAAAUAAUGAGCGAGACCGGGCGGCAGCAGCAGCAGCGCCGAGCAGCCCAGGCAACGGCAGAACCGCUCCGGCAGCGGCGGCGGCGGCAGCACCAGCAGCGGGAGCGAGCGCAACGCUAGCGCGGCGCGGGGACCGCCGCGCUCCUUCCCGGCUCCUGCCCUCCUCUGCCGCUCGCUCCUCUCUCGGCAUCCACCUCCUUCCCCUCCUCCUGCUCAUUCACUCUUUCCCUCACUCUCCCCUCCUCCUCGGCUUCUCCCCGCGCCCCGCCAGCCCUCGCGCUCUCCCACUCCCUCUGCCCGUCCUCCCCGGUCCCCUCCUCCCGCUCAUUCACUCGCCCCUCUCCCUUCUCCACUCUCUCCCCCUGUCUCCUUUCUUCUUCUUCUUCUUUCACCCUCGGUCUCUCACACCCCCUCCAUUCCCCUGUCUCCUUUCUGACACUGCACUGCAGCUGCUCUUCAGCCCUGCCCCCUCCCCAGUGAGAACAAACCAGCAACAUUGCUUUUUUUCCUAAAGAGAUUUAUAUUGAUCCGAUUAAAAAAAAAAAACCUUAAGAAACCCCAAACGCAAAAAAAAAAAAAAAAAAAAAAAGAAAAAAGAAAAGAAAAAGCCAAAACAAAAGGGAGAACCUUCUCCCGGUAGCAGCGGCAGGAACUGCAAACAUGAUGGCGGCAGCUCCCAUCCAGCAGAACGGGACCCACACUGGGGUUCCCAUAGACCUGGACCCGCCGGACUCGCGGAAAAGGCCGCUGGAAGCCCCCCCUGAAGCCGGCAGCACCAAGAGGACCAAUACGGGCGAAGACGGCCAGUAUUUUCUAAAGGUUCUCAUACCUAGUUAUGCUGCUGGAUCUAUAAUUGGGAAGGGAGGACAGACAAUUGUUCAGUUGCAAAAAGAAACUGGAGCCACCAUCAAGCUGUCUAAGUCCAAAGAUUUUUACCCAGGUACUACUGAGCGAGUGUGCUUGAUCCAGGGAACGGUUGAAGCACUGAAUGCAGUUCAUGGAUUCAUUGCAGAAAAAAUUCGAGAAAUGCCCCAAAAUGUGGCCAAGACAGAACCAGUCAGCAUUCUACAACCCCAGACCACCGUUAAUCCAGAUCGCAUCAAACAAACAUUGCCAUCUUCCCCAACUACCACCAAGUCCUCUCCAUCUGAUCCCAUGACCACCUCCAGAGCUAAUCAGGUAAAGAUUAUAGUUCCCAACAGCACAGCAGGUCUGAUAAUAGGGAAGGGAGGUGCUACUGUGAAGGCUAUAAUGGAGCAGUCAGGGGCUUGGGUGCAGCUUUCCCAGAAACCUGAUGGGAUCAACUUGCAAGAGAGGGUUGUCACUGUGAGUGGAGAACCUGAACAAAACCGAAAAGCUGUUGAACUUAUCAUCCAGAAGAUACAAGAGGAUCCACAAAGUGGCAGCUGUCUCAAUAUCAGUUAUGCCAAUGUGACAGGUCCAGUGGCAAAUUCCAAUCCAACCGGAUCUCCUUAUGCAAACACUGCUGAAGUGUUACCUACUGCUGCAGCAGCCGCAGGGCUAUUAGGACAUGCUAACCUUGCUGGCGUUGCAGCCUUUCCAGCAGUUUUAUCUGGCUUCACAGGCAAUGACCUGGUGGCCAUCACCUCUGCACUUAAUACAUUAGCCAGCUAUGGAUAUAAUCUCAACACAUUAGGUUUAGGUCUCAGUCAAGCAGCAGCAACAGGGGCUUUGGCUGCAGCAGCUGCCAGUGCCAACCCAGCAGCAGCAGCAGCCAAUUUAUUGGCCACCUAUGCCAGUGAAGCCUCAGCCAGUGGCAGCACAGCUGGUGGUACGGCGGGGACAUUUGCAUUAGGUAGCCUGGCUGCUGCUACUGCUGCAACCAAUGGAUAUUUUGGAGCUGCUUCUCCCCUAGCUGCCAGUGCCAUUCUAGGAACAGAAAAGUCCACAGAUGGAUCCAAGGAUGUAGUUGAAAUAGCAGUGCCAGAAAACUUAGUUGGUGCAAUACUUGGCAAAGGAGGGAAAACAUUAGUGGAAUACCAGGAGUUGACUGGUGCAAGGAUACAGAUCUCCAAAAAAGGAGAAUUCGUACCUGGCACAAGGAAUCGGAAGGUAACCAUUACUGGAACACCAGCUGCAACACAGGCUGCUCAAUAUUUAAUUACACAAAGG